AUGGAAUGCACACGUGAGAUGUGCGUACGUGCUGCCAUCGGGAUUGAUGCUAGAAAAGCAUUUUCAGCUCAUCGAGAUCCAAUCAUAAUAAACUACGAGGUGAGAAGACAGACAAUGGAGGCCGUGCAAUCUUGGGUUUCUGAGCACAAACUCACCAGCAUUGGUUCACUCUGGGCUUCGGCAAUGGGUGUUUCUCUAGCUUACAGUUCACGAGCUCGAUCAACGCCAUUUAAGCCCAGCAUCCGGCUCAUCCAUGCUAGGAUGCAUGCUCAAGCCCUUACUCUGGCGGUGCUUUCUGGAGCUGCGGCGUACCAUUACUACGAGAAGCAGCAGAACUGUAACCAAGCAGAGAAUGCAAUUGUAGCCAAUUAA